CCUAAACUGGUCAUUAAAUCUCAAACAACUUCUUCAACCGUUCCACGAAAGCAGUAUAACAGACAGAAUAUUGGGUUAAAGAAUCCGGCAUCAUCAAGCAUGAAUCAGUUCCAGCCUCUGUCCGUUCGCCUCAUGUACGGCUCUGCCUUAGCAGUGCAAGGAUUUGACGCUUUCGCAUUUCUGUUCGUCUCGCCAAUUGUCAUACCCAACCGCGACGAGCUGGCUCAUCCCUUGACUCGGUUCUGGAUGCGGGUUACGGGUGUUUCCUUCUUCCCGUUUGUGCUGAGCACUUGGCUGUUGCGAGACUAUCAUAUACGUCAAUCCAAAGUUGGUCGGAUCGUGGGCUCCUGCUUUGCACUCUACAAUGCUAGUCUUGCUGCGCUGUACACGUGGAGUGCGCUGCAGGAGAAUGAAUAUACCAUCCGGCCGUUUUGGUAUGCUGCAGGAUGGCGGGUGGUAUGGGCCACCUGGGCUGUCUGGGAACUGUUAGCAGCACCAUGAUCGAUAAUCAUCACGCUAUUCCGGAGGAUCAUUGGAUCAUUGCAACUUCUGGGAGAUAAUUGGGCAGCUACUGCCUGGUAACUGCUAUCCAGGCUAUGUUAAUUUGCUAUAUGAGCUUGUCUCUCUAGGCUUAAUACAGG